UAAUUUAUCAUUACUGAUUCAUUUGGAGACAAUGAACGCUAUAUGUUGAGAUGAUCUAAUAAAUUGUUUCCUCAGAAAGCUAUUAUCAUACGGGAAACGAAAAUAGAAGACGAACAUCGACCUGGGGCGACCGAACCAAUCAGAUCUCUCGUAUCAGAUUAACUUUGGCUGCCCAUCUCUCAUAUGGGACGAACACUUUAAAGUUUGAAACAUCAACGAGGAAAGGUACUGAUCCUCGUGUUAUAAUGAAUGGAUACUGUAUGCCAGGGUCUUAGUCUCGUGGAUUAUGGAUAGAGCACCACGGAAAAUACUUCGUUCUCCUUCUCUGAAGAGGAAAAAUAAACAACAACCAUUGAACCAAAAAGUGAGCCUCGAGCGUGUGCUUGGUCUGACAGUCUCCAGCAAUGCCAACUUCACGUGUGACCCAAACACUGGCACCAUCGCAUACCCAGCAGGGUGCUCAGUGGUGCUCUUCAACACUCGGAGAAACAAACAGACGCACAUUAUCAACAACUCCAAGAAAUCAAUCACAUCUCUAGCUUUCUCUGGGGACGGAAAGCAUCUCGUAACAGGAGAAUGUGGUCACCAGCCAGCUGUGCGGGUAUGGGAUGUGGAGAGAACACAAGUGGCAGAGUUCCACGGCCACAAGUUUGGCAUCAGCUGUGCGGCAUUCUCACCAAAUCUGCGGUACCUUGUGUCUGUUGGCACCCAGCAUGACAUGAUAAUCAAUGUGUGGAACUGGCGGUCUGGAAACAAGGUCGCAUCCAAUAAGUUCUCAUGCAAGGUGAGCAACGUGGCAUUCAGCCAUGACGGCAGCUACUUCGUGACGGUGGGCAACCGACAUGUCAAGUUCUGGUAUCUCGAAAGCAGCAAGUCUAGGAUCAACGAGACGGUGCCUCUACAGGGUCGGUCAGGUCUCCUCAGUGACCAGAAGAACAACUUCUUCUGCGGUGUCCUGUGUGGGCGUGGCCAGAUGGCCGGCAGCACGUUCUGCAUCACACAGUCGGGGCUGCUCUGUGAGUUCAACGCCAAACGCUUGCUGGUCAAGUGGGUGGAGCUCCGGACAAAGUGUGCCACAUCCAUCAGUGGGGGAGAGGACCACAUAUUUAUCGGAUGUGCCGACGGCAUCGUGAGAGUGUUCAGUGCUAAGUCCCUUCAUUUCUUGACCUCACUACCUCAUCCCCACUACCUGGGAGUAGACGUGUCUUCCGCCACCAGUCAGAGCCAAAUGAAAUUCCCUAAAGAAGAUGCUAAGUACCCUGAUACAAUAGCUGUUGCAUUUGACGACGACCAUAAGAAGGUAACCUGUGUCUACAACGACCACAGCUUAUACCAGUGGGAUGUCCACGACAUCAAGAAGGUCGGCAAGGCCUACUCUGUGCUCUACCACAGCUCUUGUGUAUGGUCACUGGAGGUGUACCCCAUGCUGGAGGAGAACAUCAAGGCCACUCUACCUCCAGGGUCCUUCUUGACGGGGUCGAGCGACGACACAGUUCGGGUGUGGAAUCUCGACUCUCACAUGCAGGAUAAAACAACAUAUAAGAGGAAUAUAUACAGCCAUGAUUUGCUGAAGAUAAUCUAUGCAGAUGAGGGGCACACAAACCUCUGUGAUGUCGACUACAAUCCAGCUGGGGGUGCGGACAAGACUGACACCCAGUAUGAUGUGAAGAACGGUAUCCGAUCUAUACGAGUCAGUCCUGAUGGCCUUCACUUGGCUGCUGGAGACAAACUUGGGAAUCUCAGGGUAUAUGAUACUGAAUAUAUGGAUUUGAUUCGAGAUAUAGAGGCUCAUGAAGCAGAUGUGUUGUGCUUAGAAUACUCUUACUCCAAACAAGGACCCAAAGUUCUGGCAUCAGCUAGUCGAGAUCGUCUGAUUCACGUGUUCGAUGUGGAACAGAACUAUGGCCUCCUGCAGACCCUGGACGAUCACUCGGCAUCCAUUCAGGCUGUGCGCUUCACAGACCAAGAUAACCAGCUGAAGAUGCUGAGUUGUGGAGCAGAUAAGUCUCUGCUGUUUCGUAACGCAAUACAGAGUCCAGAAUUCCAGUUCAGUCUUGACCAGCACCUGGUCAGCAAGGCCACGCUGUAUGAUAUGGUGACCGAUCCCACGCAGAAGUUUGUAGCUACAGCCUGUCAGGACAGAAACGUCAGAAUCUAUAAUAUCCGCACAGCCAAACAGAAGAAGAAUUACAAGGGCUCGCUAACAGACGAUGGCGUGCUGUUACGGAUUCAGCUGGAUCCGUCUGGAUGCUAUGCUGCCACCAGCUGCACAGACAAGAAUAUUUGUAUCGUGGACUUCUACAGCGGUGAGCUGGUGGCCAACAUGUAUGGACAUUCCGAGACCAUUACUGGAAUCAAGUUUAUGAAUGAUCUCAAACAUGUGAUCUCAGUGUCAGCCGAUGGUUGUAUAUUUGUGUGGCGUCUGCCAUCGGAAAUGACGAAGCAGAUGAAGAACAGAAUGGAGGAACUUGGCAAGAUGCCCAAGGACCUGCAGUUUGUCAGUGAUAUCAGGAGGGAGACGGCCAUCAUUUCCAAGGCCAGCACCCACGACGGCAUGGACAACUUUCCAGUGUUACAUGAGCAUCAACAGUUCCAGCCUGCCCACAACGUACUGGACAUGCUGGAGAAGGACUACCAUGAAGCUCCAGCCGAGGAGAGUGGUCCUGACUAUCGCUUCAGUGUUGGGCCCCUACCCAACUGGGCAAAAGCCAAGAUGGUCGGCAGCAGCGGUGACAGCAAGGACCGCAGCCUGGAGUCAGCAAAGCAGCCCAAGGGCAGAUGGGCUGAAAGAGCUGAUACAGGAUUCGCAGUGAAAACACAGAGUGAGAUGAGCUUGAUCAACACAGAGCCAGAGCGUCGCCGCUUUACCCAUGAAGGAGAGGCAUUGCAGAGUCAGUUUGCUGGUUUACGGAGAGAAACCAUGGUCAUUGCAAAGGACCCCACAACACAGGGUAUUUCCUUCAUUAACGAUGACGAUGAGACGAAUAUCGAUGAUGAUGAAGAAUUCUGCCCAGCAUUUUUCUCCACACACAAUAAAUCUCAAUGGGAUCUGCCUGACAGUCGCCCAUCAUCGCGGAACUCCGACCCAGGAGGAGGUAACACCAGCGGCAGCAAGUGGGGCAGCAGGUUCAGCCUUAACCUUGAACGCAACCUCAGCAUCGACUUUGACGACACUGACGAACAUGAUACAGGGUCGGAAACACCCGAGGUCAUCUACUACCCACCCAGCGAGGUCGACUCUUCGGAAACCUAUCCAGAUUCGUACCAGGUUUUCAACAGUGAUCUGCCCCUGAGUCGACAGAAGCACCUCUCCAAGAGGUUCGGCAUGCUGGAGACCAACAUUGAUGAAGCUGACUCUGAGAGCACGGAUCCCAUUUCCCUGGAAGAUGAUGAGAAUGAUGACACAUUGCUGAUGUCCAAUCCCAGUACACCAUCAGAUCCCGACCGGGACUUCCUGGCCCGCACCCCAGACAAGGAGAAAUUUGUCCAUGAGAAUUUUGAAACCAUCAACUUCACACCAGUGGCGACUGACAAGUUCACCAAGGCGCUGGACUCCAUAGAGCAGGACCUGAACAAAGAUGGUCCACUCCCAUUCAGCCCCCGCCUCAGCAUCUCGUCCAGGUUCCUCUCCAGGGCCCAGCAGUCCAACAUCAAGAACAUGUCUGUGUACAGCAGUAUACAACGCCAGGAUAACUGGUUUGAUCCCCUCCAAAAGAGUAAAACGGAAAUGGCACGGGCUGUAGAUGACACCCGAAAACGCCUCCUUGCUAUGGGCUGGAAUUCUAACAAUGGCGAAUCCCCCGAGAAAGAGCCUCCAUCUCCCCCUUCACCUCCCACCAAGCUGGAGAGCACAAAGCCUCACUUCCCAAUGAACGAAGAUUCCAAACUGUCCAUUCCAAAACUACCGCCAAGCCCUUGUGGUUCGCCAUCCCCUAAAACUCUGCGACGCUUUUGGUAUACUCUUGACUUACCUAAGCAGCCAAUCAUCGAAGAACCAAUGCCACUACCAAAAAUUCCAUUACCCCCCAAAAUACAGAAUAGGUUGGCAUCCAUUCCUAUAUCUGAACAAAAUGGCUGCUCACGAUUGCCGAGUUUGAUAACCUACAGCCCCAAACAAGUUAGAAAGACUCGUCUUUCACCGAUAUCCAGGAGGGGUAAAUAUCAACUGGCAGCCCUUGGGAGAACCAAGGUCCCGGUUCACCUGUUAACGACAUUCCAAAGACUCAGUCUCCCAACAGGCUGUCUUCUCGGCUGGGAAGCCUCAGUCCAAAACCAAAGGACACUGGAAAGAGAUCCCCUCUCUCUCAGGUCCAGUUCAACUGGUAAACUCACAGACCUUGACACCAAGACCAAUAAAUCAUCAUCUAAAACUGCAUCUUAUCUCCGACCAACCCGCAGUUCCAAGGCAAAAAUUGCGCGAGCAUCUUCAUCUUCAUCCCUGCCUGAUGAUGGCUCUCAAUCCAGCACUAACUCCAUGACCAAAGCAACUUCAAUGCUGAACCUGAGUCAGGCCCGAGAUCCACCUACCUCACCUAAGAAGAAGUCUUCACGUACCUUGUCGAAGACCGCUUUCUAUGCUUCCACUCCCAAUUUGGCUGUAUGUUUGGAGGAAGAGGAGGAAGAUGAGAUUCCAGAGUCAGCGUCCAAUCUUAAAGGUCUUGCUGAUCUGUCAAGAAGUGUUCCAGACAUUAACGAUAUGGACGGUUUUAGUUCAUCUACUGAGAGCACUACAAGUAGUGGUGAAAAGCGAACAGACGUUCAAUGCCUGUGGGUGUGGACUAUCUGCAUGUGGAGCAGAAGUCCCCCGGGCACCAAACGGAGGUCCGUUUCUCCUUUCAGUGACAAAAACACUAUGCCUCCUCCUCCAUCCACCGCUGUUAGCAGAUCAAAACAUGAUGCAUUCCUGAAGCGAGCUCAGGCUAAGAGACGCACAACAGCCGACAUGACACUAGAUCGUGCGAAGGACAUCCUGUUGGGCAAGUCUGGAAUUCUUAAGAGCAGUAUGGAAAGUGUGAACUCUGAUGGACCUGGCAGCAGGAAGACAAGUCUCUCUGGUGGACAAUCACAGUCUCACUCUAGGUCUUCCUCUGCAUCAUCUAAUGUGUUCGAGUCUGAGUAUGGUUACACAUCUGCUUCAACUCUUGCUACUGUAGAAGAUAUAGAAAAUACUGCUGAGGAGUUCGCAGAAAGGGCUGCAGAUGCAAGUCCAAAUGAUCUGCCUGAACGGGAUCAGAACACAUCUCUACCUAGUAGAACAAAAUCACCUAUGUCAUCUUCAUCUCGAAGGUCAUCCAAUGCAGAUGGCGCUAGAGUCUCACCUCGUGUGCUCUCUGACAAGAAAAAGUCUCAGUCGGUUGAGAAUCUAAAUGAUACUCCUUCAAAGGAACAAGACAGUGUGUUGCCCAGUGUAAGGGCGAGGGUGGCCCAGUACAUGUCUCUAAACAAGUCUACUGAGGAUCUAGGUUCCAGUCCGAGACCGAAAGCCUCACUGAAUGUAAAUGUGAAUACAUAUCCCUCCCAUUCUCCCGCCCCAUCUCCAGUUCCAAUGGGCAGAAGUCCUUCAGCAGAUCUCAAGGUCAGCCCACGCAGCCAGUCUGAUACAGGGCUGGGUUCAGACACUGACACCGACUCAGAGAUCAGACGUCCUGAUAAAUCCACAUCCCAUCCAAGGCUGUCUCUUGUCAACGGAGAUCCAAGCAUCACCCAUAGUGUGUCAUUGACAACACCUGUAUCAUCUCCUCACGAUCAUGGAACCUCACCGACUGUGGCCGAUCGUUCUGGAUUGUCGUUGUCACUCACUGUUAAAACAGAUGAUGGCAGUGAGUUGGUUAUGCCCUUGAUUGUGGACUUGAAGGAAAUCCUGCAGACGGCCAAGCAAGUGUAUGAGAAGUGUAAGAAUAUGGAAGGAAGCCCAUCGAUGUCCGUGCUUCAUGAUAUCUACCAAGAGGCUGCGGACACAUUCAGCGAACUCUGCGAGAAAAGCAAAUCUAGCCAAUCAAAAGACAAGGAGAAAAAAGAAUUAUCGGAAAGGGAUAAAAUGAUUGUGAAUAGUGUUGUUGACAAAUUACAGCCUUCUGUCGAUGAGCUGUCACACCGAAUGAGUAGACAAAUAUUUCAUGAAGUAAUUGGGAGUGUGGUCGCUGAAGCGCAACAGCAGUGAAGAUGGCCAUGCACUAGCCAAUGUGUACAUGUGGAUGUGUGCUUCUGUGAUGACACAAGGCGUAGAUGUCCGAUCUCGUUGGGAUACAGUGUGUAAAUGUUUCAUGGUGCUCUUAAUACAAGUGCUUUUGAGAAAGGAAGGUUUUUGUUCUUUAAUUAGAAAUGUUGGCCAUCUUUGACCGUCUUGCAAGAGAUUAUGUGUCUGCAAACUAAGUUACAUGUCUUGUAAAUGGAACUUUUUUAACCAAAGACAUAUUCCUAAAAUUGUAAGAUAUUGGUGUCUUAUGGUUGUGCAUAGUUUAACUAGAAAUGUUUGUUUAAGGAAAAUGAUUUAUUACAACAGAGGAAAUAGAUAUACCUGAGGGAAAUUGUGAACAUGCAUUUACAUCAUGAAAAUAUUUCGCACUUCACCAGUUUGGUGGAGUAAAGUUUAGAUUUAUUUAUUGUCAAAAUGAGUGUUGCUUUUGAAGAAUAUUAAUUAUUACAAUUUGACACUUACAUAUUUACAUUAGCUCCCAAAAUACGCAUUACAGCAAAUAAUUAUCCUCUGGUACAAGAAAUACAAUAGAAGUACCAGCCCAAUACAUAUCCACCAGUAUGCUCCAGGGAGUUACAGAGAUAUUGAAAUCAGUUUACUUUCACGGCCAUUGUUGGUAUAUUGGAGCUAAGCCAUGCCUUCCUGUGCUGUGUCAAAUUACAUCGAACAUACACACCACAGAGAUUUUCGCCAGUGUCUUCAUGAAUGCUUGUGUGAUUGUGAGCCUUGAAUAGCGUUGUGCAAUGAAUAUAUGUUGUGUAUGUCCAGUAGCAAAGUGCUUGCACUGCAGAUUGGCAGCUCUGAUAUUUAGAUACUGCUGAAUUCAUUUGUGGGAAAAAGAAAUCUUGAUGCAUUUAUGGGUUUAUUAAUUGAAUUCAUGUUGUGAUUCAUUUGGAACCAGCAUCUUCAAGCAUAGAAUCAUGGUGUCAAAUGUGCUUAAAUUGACAGUGAUUAUCAACCUGCCCUCUCAGGGUGUGAUUAAAAAAUCCACUCUUGGAUUUCAUGGAUUGUGAAUCAAAAUGUGAAAAUAUGGACAAAGGGCAUAUAACUCUCACCUACACGAUGGACCAACCCAUCAGGAUAUGCCAUUUCAGUGCUGUUUGUGAUGUAUCUGUGGAAACCACACAUAAUAUAUUGUGCAAGAACAAAACACAUAUCAAACAAUGUGUCAAGUAAAUUGACAGUGAUAUGAAGAAUUUCAUGCAAAAAUGAAAAUAAUUUCUGUGUAUACUAAGAACCUGUUGUAUAUAUUUCUGCACCUGAUUAUUACUGCUUCACGCAACUGUACAUACUCGUAAGGUUAAUCAUCAUUUCACAAGGAUUGUGUUCAACUUGGUUGUGGCAAAGCUAUACACUAAUUUUGGUUGUUACAUCAGCACCAACUAUUCACAUAUUUACAGCAGCUUAUUUGUCCUGUAUUGAUGUUUUUUUUGUGGGAGCAGAAAAUAUUUGCUUUAAUCAUACAAAUAUUUUAUAGUUAUAAUUCUUUUAUAUUUCUUUACACUCAAGAUUUUGUUCAUUGGGCUAUGACAGGUGAUACUUAAGACUGAAAUUAUGGCUACUAUUAACAGGAAUCUAAUUAAUUGAUAGAUGUAAAAGACUGUAUUUUGAAUAAUAAUUAAUUGAUAUGACGCCUAGUUUUUGUCUUGUGCAAGAACUUGCCCUAAACAUGGAAAAUAUUUAUAGAGACACUUGCACCAUCAGUAAAAGAAUGUUUUAUUUUAUUUCAAAACCAUUAAAAAAUUGACCUGCCUUUUUGAAAGAUAAUUGAAAACUCAAGUUUCAUUGUCUGCCAAAAUAAUCGAGCCUAUGCACUAUGCAAUUGUGCACUAUGUCCACCAUGCAGAGUUGCAUCCUUUACUAGGAUCAGGAUCUGCUGAUCAUGGGGUGGAAUCCUAAAUUCUUCCUUAGUAUGAUCCUCGUUCUAGCAGCCCCGUUUGCAUAUUUGUUAGUUUAAGAAAAGUGGAAACCCUAUCCAGACCUGUUUCUUUGCUUCGACGUUAAAUAGACCUGCCAUAAGAAAACAGGACUGAUGAUAGUAAACCAAUUAAUUUGCUCUUACCUUCUAGUAGUAAAUUACAACAUUUUGACAAAAUAUAAUAAUAAUAAUAAUAGUAGUCCAUUUAUAUUACGCAUUUAUCCAUGCACAUUGCAUGCCCAAAGCGCUGACAUAUUACCCCUGGUCAACGAGUACAGAACACUCCCUGUGGAGAAUACAACCGGUCGCCUGUCAGGCGCUCAAGGUUCAUAUUCUGACUAGCAUCCUAUCAUACCACUAUGAAACAAUUAGGUUACGGUCUGAGAACAGAAGUUUGCAUGUUUGCAUAAUGUUAAUUUCAAACAUUCAAAGUAUCAUGGCAACUGUAUGCACUGUAAAUAAAAUCAUGUUCGUGAUUAUCGGUCAGUGCCGCUGUAGUCUGAUGCUGUAAUCACUGUCAGGCUGGAGUUCUGGCAGCUUCCACUGAUGACAAACAUUCCACUUAAACCAUGAUCGUAUCUGUUCAUAUUCUUUCCAAAGGGAUGGAUCUUUAAGACAGUUAUCAUAAUACAGUUCUAUUAUCUUGAGGUUAAACUUUAAUGCUAUAAGACACAUGUAAAGUUUUGUUAUCUAAGAUUUUUAGAAUUACAAUCGUGAUUGUAUUAUGCAAUUCUUUAAAUCUUUGGAAGUAAGAUUUACAUACACUGAAAGGAUGGCUUGCAGAUUUUAGACUUGCAAAUAAUUCAUGUUAUUGUAAUGUUGAUUAGAGCAGAUUACAGACAGUUGGUUAAAGCCAUUGUGAUGCUUGAAUGGAAUUGAAGGUAAAGAAAUCACACUUGGAUACCAGAUAGAAUACUGCCUUGCUUUGUUAAAUCCACAUAAUAAGGGGAAAAACGAAUGGAAAAAAAGUGUAUUUGAUAUUUCUGAUGUCCAAAUAACCAGCUUCAAGAACAUAUCAAAAUGAAACCAAA